UAUUUUUAUUCUGGCGAAUCAAUCUUUACGAUUUCAAAAUACUUUUAACCUCUAUUUGUUUUAAUCAAAUAUAGUUAAAUUUAUCGUGAGAAAUUUGAUUAACAAAAAUUAAUUAAAAAAGUCUAUAAAUACUGAAACUUCGAAGUUCGAGGAUUAGACCUAUUUCGACGAUAUUCAUUCUCGCACAGUAUACAAACACGCACAAAUCAGUGUUUUUUCUGCAUUUUGAGUGAAAGAAACAGCUAAGAUUUGGAUAUAGAGAGGGAAAGGAAAUUCUAUGGAAUCACAGAGCAGUUAUCAGAUGAAGGUGAUCAAUGGAGAGUUCGGAUACGUACUGGAAGAUGUUCCUCAUUUGACUGAUUACAUCGCCGAUCUUCCUACUUAUCCCAAUCCAUUACGAUCCAAUAGUGCAUAUUCCGUUGUUAAGCAAUAUUUUGUUCAUGUGGAUGAUUCUGUCCCUCAAAAGAUUGUUGUUCACAAGGACACGCCAAGAGGGGUACAUUUUCGACGAGCAGGACCACGUCAAAAGGUUUAUUUUGCUUCAGAUGAAGUGCAAGCUUGUAUUGUAACAUGUGGCGGGUUGUGUCCUGGGAUAAAUACAGUGAUCAGGGAGAUUGUACACAGCCUUGAUUAUAUGUAUGGUGUUAAUGAAGUCCUCGGAAUUGAUGGAGGUUUCAGGGGUUUCUAUUCUAAGAAUACUGUUACUUUAACGCCAAAAGUUACAAAUGACAUACAUAAACGUGGUGGGACAAUCCUGGGAACAUCUCGAGGUGGCCAUGAUACCAUGAAGAUAGUUGACAGUAUCCAGGACCGUGGAAUUAAUCAGGUUUAUAUAAUUGGAGGCGAUGGAACUCAGAAAGGAGCAGCUGUAAUUUAUGAGGAAAUUAGAAGGCGUAAUUUGAAAGUUGCUGUUGCUGGCAUUCCCAAAACAAUUGAUAAUGACAUUCCGGUUAUUGACAAGUCAUUUGGUUUCGAUACUGCUGUAGAGGAGGCUCAACGUGCCAUCAACGCUGCACAUGUUGAAGCUCUAAGUGCAGAGAAUGGCAUUGGUGUUGUGAAGUUGAUGGGACGCUACAGUGGAUUUAUUGCAAUGAAUGCUACUCUGGCUAGCCGAGAUGUGGACUGCUGUUUGAUUCCAGAAUCUCCCUUCUAUGUUGAAGGAGAAGGUGGACUUUUUGAAUACAUAGAGAAAAAGCUCAAAGAAAAUGGCCACAUGGUUAUUGUGAUAGCUGAAGGAGCAGGACAGGAACUUCUAGCAGCAGAAAGCAAGAAUGCAAAAAAUGAACAAGAUGCUUCAGGGAACAAGCUACUUCAAGAUGUUGGCUUGUGGAUUUCUCAUAGAAUCAAGGAUCAUUUUGCAAAACCACCAAAAAUGCCGAUUACACUUAAAUAUAUAGAUCCAACUUACAUGAUUCGUGCUAUUCCAAGCAAUGCAUCUGAUAAUGUAAACUGCACACUCCUUGCUCAAAGUGCUGUUCAUGGAGCAAUGGCAGGGUAUACAGGCUUCACUGUCGGGCUCGUCAAUGGUCGGCAUACAUAUGUUCCUUUCAAUCGCAUCAAUGAACGGCAAAACAAGGUUGUCAUAACCGACAGGAUGUGGGCAAGGCUUCUGUCUUCGACCAACCAACCGAGUUUCUUGGGACCUACUGAUGUCGAAGAGGCCAAAACUGAGCAUGUCCCUUUAACUCAAAUGCUGGAUAAUGGGGAGAAUCGUAAAGAUGAGAAAACGGGAAACUAAAUCCGCCAGAUAUGUACUGAUGCUUGUUUUGAGGUAUCCCAUAAUGCAGGAUUAAUCUGAUCAUGUAGAAACGUAUUAUGCGAUUAUCGGUCUAUUACGGUAUUUCAUCGGCUGUGUGUAGUGAAUAUUUAAUGUUCAAAGUUAAAUCCAAAAUGUUCCAUUGUUAUCUCUAUGAAACAAUUAUUGUCUGUAUCAUCUUUGGAGUUAUUAUUAAUAUUGACGUUUUAUUAUUAGAGGAAAUCAA